UCUAAGAAGCACCCACCUCAGAAUGAGGUCUCUCCAAGGACCCUGCAGCCCGAGAUCCCCUCAAGAGAAUCCCAGACUGAGACCCCAUAAACAAUGGGAUCAGACUGAGACCCCAUAGAGGAGACCCAGGUUGCCAUCCCUCCGUGGAGUCUCGUGCUGAAACCCCUGGGGGAGCCUUCCAAGACUAAAUUAUUCAGUGGGCUCCGCCCCUUCCCUGCCUAGCUGGCCACAACCAGCUCCAGCAGCCACAGUUGCAGCCUUGUCUGUCUGUCCAGUACCUGCUCCCACCUCAGGCCCAGGCUGACAGUGAGCUGCGCAAUGGGUUCUGAGCUGGAGACGGCGAUGGAGACUCUCAUCAAUGUGUUCCAUGCCCACUCGGGCAAGGAGGGGGACAAGUACAAGCUGAACAAGAAGGAGCUGAAAGAGCUGCUGCAGACCGAACUCUCUGGCUUCCUGGACGCCCAGAAGGAUGCGGAUGCGGUGGACAAGGUGAUGAAGGAGCUAGAUGAGAACGGAGAUGGGGAGGUGGACUUCCAGGAGUAUGUGGUGCUGGUGGCUGCCCUCACGGUGGCCUGUAACAACUUCUUCUGGGAGAACAGUUGAGCAGACAGCCCCAGUGGGCAGCGCCCUUCCCCUCUGCACUGCCAUACCUGCCCCUACACCCUGCUUUCCGUCCUCCCCUCCUCCCCCUCCCCAUAGUCCCACCUUUGCCCACCCUCCAACAAGGGCGCAAGAGUAGUGGGCCAGGCCUGCAACUCGUCUUUCAUUAAAGGCUUCUCUCUCAACA